GAUCCAUCCCUUCUUCUUCUUCUUCUUCCGCAGCCGCAGCAGGGGAGGCAUCGGGGCAACAAGGAGCCCCUCCAGCUCCACUUCCUCGCCCCAUCGGCCAGCCCUUCCUUGGGGCAGAGAAGGGGAGGCUUUGGGGGAAGCCAAGGAGGAAGGAGGCGAAGAGAGAGAGAGAGAGAGAGAGAAGGAAGGGAAGGGAAGGGAGUCAGGGGUCCAGGGGGGCUCCUUCCCUCCCUGCCCCCGAUCUCCCCAGAGAGUGGCUCCCCUCCUUUGGCGUCCUCCCUGGAUCUGCUCCUCUUCGUCGGAUUCGGCUGGGAAAGGCCAGGAAGAAGGAUGCUGACGCCGGAGUCACUCCGGAUCGAAGCCGAAGGGCCUCCGGGCAUCUCUGCAGCCUCCUUCCCUCCAGGCCAUUAAACUUGGAAGCCCUUGGGAGGAGGAAGGAGGCAGAAGAGGAGGCAGAGGAGAAGGAGGAGGACCGCAGGGAGGUGUAUGGCUCCUCCGGGCGCCCCCCUGCCCUCCUCCUCGGCCCCUCGCUGCCCCUUCUUGGCCCCGGGCCCCUCGGAUCGCGGACCCCCGCCUCCUCAGCCCCUUGGCCGGCAGGAGCAUCAGCUGCAUCCGGCGCCGGGGACAUUCCGAGGCCGGUCCCCGGAGCUAUAAAUACCCGCCUUGGAAGCCUCUCUCUGCCGCCCGAGAGGAUCGGAUCUCAGCAUGGCCGCCCCGAGGCCCCUCUCGGCCCUCCUCCUCGGCCUGGCUUUGGUGACAUUGUGCCACAGCGGCUGUGUGGAGGUCGAGUCGGAAACCGAGGCUGUGGCUGGUGAGACUUUCAGGAUUCGGUGCAUCUCAUGUAAGAAGCGCAGCGAGACAGAGGCUGAGGCCUUCACUGACUGGUUCUUCAAGGAGAAGGGGACAGAAGAGUUUGUCCAUAUCCUUCAUUAUGAUGUUGACACUAAACUCAGAGUGUUGGACCCCCGCUUUGAAGAGCUGGUGUCCUGGGAGGGCACCAAGGACAUUGCAGACUUGCAGGAGCUUUCCAUUCUGCUACUUAAUGUCACCUAUGAGCAAGCGGGCGAGUAUAUCUGCAGUGUCAAUCGCACACUUCUUUUUGCAAAUGAUUUCACACACAAUGUAAUGGUCAAUAAGACCAUCCACGUGGACGUCGUAGACAAAGCAAACCGGGACACGGCAUCCAUCGUGUCUGAGAUCAUGAUGUACGUUCUCAUCGUAGUCCUGACCAUCUGGCUGGUGGCAGAGAUGAUCUACUGCUACAAGAAGAUUGCUGCUGCAACAGAGGCAGCUGCGCAAGAGAAUGCCUCUGAGUAUUUGGCCAUCACAUCAGAAAGUAAAGAAAACUGUACAGGGGUGCAGGUAGCUGAAUAGCCCAUACAGGGCUGUCGGCAGGCGCAGAGAUUCCUGGUUGACAGGGAUGAGGCUUGAAAAGGAGCGGAGGAGAGGGAGAGUGUGACUCAGCAGAGGCAUCGGCAGCCCCUGAGAAGAGCUGAGCUGGAGCCAAACAACCCCUCCCCGCACUGCAUGGCCUUUUUUCCUUAACAAAGCAUGCUAUUUUUAAUAACAGAGCUCUGUAUUUGACCCAGGCACUCUGGGAUAGACACCUGUGUUUCAAAAGGGGAAGAGUGGUUUGUUCAGGUAGGGGGGGCACGGGCAAUUCAGUGAGGGGGGAUUGCCCGUGCCACAAUGCAUGAUUGGAAAGCGGCAUGCAUCGCAAAAGCUUGGGGCCCUCCCCCUGCCCCCCUUGUGGCCCCACAUGCCAGCCUGAGGCCUUCUUAAUUUACAGGCAAUUGCACUUGCGCUUUCUGAUUUUUUGCACAUUUCUUGCGCUUCUAGUUCUUUUUGGUUACUUCGCUACCAGCACUUUCAACGGGUCUGAGGAGAGGAGGCCCCUGCAGUUGGACUUAUCUCCCCUUCCUUCUCCUCUACAUGCCAUGACUUAGACUUCUACUGUGACCUCCCAGUGUGACCACAGCCAGCAGUGGAUUGGAGUGGAGAAAGGUGUUCAAGAUGGCCAUUGCCUAAGGCCUGGCCACCAGAAGGGACAGUAAGAUGCAGACUCUGUGUUGUCAUGAAGGAACACCUUUGAUGAUGAAAUAUUUAGCACUGACCAUAGACAUGAACUCUGAUAUUCUUGAGGCCUAUCCCAGCAAGAUUUUAUGCUGUCACCCUGAUGGAAGGUUUGUUCAAGACCUCUGGUGAAAGGGAAGACACUGCAGAGUAUAUAUCUGAUUGGAGGGGAAGCAGGCACUUGGAUCCAGAUGUUGCUCUUUUCACUCCAUGUCCCUGACAUUCAUCAUUGUUCUGCCCUUCAUAGCAUCAUGUCGGAAUUUGCUCCUGAUUUUGACCUUGGUUUGGUACAAAUUAAUUUCAUGCCUUUCUCCUCCCCAAAUUUUUCCUUUCUGGAUCCAGUACCACCUUGUCAGGCCGUUUUGGCUCUUUGGAGAAUACUGUGCUCUCCCCUCUCCUCAGACCCCCGGGGUUGGUCCACCAGGGAUCAGCUGCCUUCACAAUAGACUAGGGUUUGUUCAUAAAUAAAGAUGAUUGAAUUUCA